CCUCAGCGGGGAGGGGAUGAAACGGAGUCGCGCGAAUCCGUAUGUGCUUUGCGCUAGCCGAGCACGACUCGCGAUUCUGCACGAGAGUACAUCAGCCGAAUAUAGAAUAUCAUAAGCGAGUCGAUAACCCUAUGCGCGCUGUCUUUUUUGCUCUCGCGCUGCUAUACCGGCUCUCUCGCGUUACGCGUAUCCUCGCACGAUACUUGUGCUACAGUGCAGUCGCGUCCCGCGCGAGCGAGGGCGCAUUUGCAAAGUCUGCCUGCGUCCAUCGUCUACUGCGCCUAUGCACCGUCUAUAUAGUUUUUAGCUAUAUAACACGGCUCGGGCCGCGCGUGUGUACGUGCCAGUCUCUCGCGACUUUUGCACUGCGUGUGUGUGUGCGUGCGUGUCUGUGUUUAUACGUUAGCGAGCCGAGUCGGAGCGUAGCUCACCGAGUCGCGUCAGUAGUCAUCUCGUCAUCGCUGCAGUCGCGGUUCUGUGUCGUGCUUUCGCGCUUCGCCACGGCUUGGAAAAUCAUCGUAAAGCUCGGUAGCGGUGCUGGACAACUCGUCAGGGGUCCGGCUAGCCGUGUCGACGACUGUCGUCGGCUGUCAGCGAAGUUCAGGCCCUCCGCAGAGCGUGAAAAUCUCGCGAGCCUCGUCAUGAGGCACCGUCAUCGUCGACAAAGCCACUGCUUCUCGUGAACUGGACGAGCCACGACGAUCGACGAGCUCGAGCAGGCAGCUUUGCCCCGCUUCUAUGACUGCAGCACAGGUGCUGUCGGUCUCUCCUGGCAUAUUACCUGCCUGACGACAACGAGCCUAACCUAAGCGCAAGGGCUGCAAUCUUGGAAGCUCCGCGACAGGGCAAGAACGUCCAGUUAAUCGGAACGACGAACUCGAGUCAGCAGCUGUGCCGUCUAGGCACGACAUGCAGCUUGUCUCUUGACAACUCGAUUCCUGGCUCGACCCAUUCAAGCAGUUGACAGUUGGCGAAGCUAAGCAGCCUCCGCCACGAUGAAGUUCACGCGCGUUUGCUUCAGCAAUAUCGGCAAGAUGCUCGACUUUUACUCGCAGUUCAAUCCGUCGCCCUUGUCGAUCAAGCAGUUCAUCGAUUUUGGACUCAGUGCAUGCGAAAGAAAGUCGUUCAUAUUCUUAAGAAAAGAGCUACCCGUGCGUUUGGCGAAUAUAAUGAAAGAAAUUCAUUUGUUACCGGAGAAUCUAUUGCGGAUGCCAAGCGUUGGAAUUGUCAAUAAUAUGUACGUCACUUCCUUUCAAGAAAUAAUUGAAUUUGAAAAAGUUGAAGUCAGCGACAAUACUCUAGACAAGUUUUGCCAAGCACUAGUCAAGAUCAGAAACAGGCACACGGAUAUUGUGCAGACAAUGGCUCAAGGAAUUUUGGAACUAAAAGACUCGCACGAUGUGGAUGCGCAAACUGAAAAUAGUAUUCAGUAUUUUCUCGACAGAUUUUACAUGUCCCGCAUUUCAAUUAGAAUGCUAAUCAACCAACAUACUUUAUUGUUUGGCGGCGUGUUAAAUGGCCAUAACAGACAUAUAGGCUGCAUCGAUCCACAUUGUGACGUUAUCAGCGUAGUCAAAGAUGCUUACGAAAAUGCUCGAUUUUUAUGCGAUCAAUAUUAUAUGGCUAGCCCUGAUCUUGUGGUAAAACAAUUCAAUAGUACUGCAGUUAAUAGUGGAAUAAAAAUAAUUUAUGUGCCAAGUCAUUUGUAUCACAUGCUCUUUGAAUUAUUCAAAAAUAGUAUGAGAGCAGUUAUGGAGCAUUGCGGAGUUGACGCUGAUAAUUAUCCACCAUUGGAAGUCACUGUAAUUCAAGGAAAAGAAGAUAUAUGUGUCAAGAUGUCUGAUCGUGGGGGCGGUAUACCUCGUUCGCAAAUGGAUUACUUGUUCAAAUACAUGUACAGCACGGCACCGCAGCCGAGUAAAUCUGAUGCUCAUACCGUACCUCUAGCAGGAUACGGAUACGGACUUCCAUUAUCGAGGCUUUAUGCGCGAUAUUUUCACGGAGAUCUUGUUUUACUAAGUUGCGAGGGAUUUGGAACUGAUGCUGUCGUUUAUUUGAAGGCAUUGUCAAAUGAAGCCAAUGAACUGUUGCCAAUUUUCAAUAAAACAUCUUCGAAAUUUUAUCGGACGUCACUCCCGACAGCAGAUUGGAGUAGCCAAUGUGGCAACAGUAUGGCAACCAGGCAACUGACGAUGGGUCAUACCCAAGGGCACAGACUUCCCAAUGGUUUGCGGGCGAAUCAUUGUUAACAGAAGGAAAUCGUCGAACCAAAACUACUAGACUGAUUUGAUUGUAUUUAUUUUUAUCAUGUUUAUACGUUUACGUCAUUUUAUUGGAUAUCCUUAAUUAUUCUACAUGAAUAAUUUAAUUUUCACUAUGUAGCUUUUCCGUAAUAAUUUCCAUAAUUUUCUCCUACAUGCUUGUAACAAUAAUGACAUAUCACUAAUCAGUGUGAAUUAAUUAACUUUUUUUAAAGUUCGUAAUCAAUUUCUGCAACAUGAGUUGUUGUGCAAGUUUGGAAAUAGAAGAUUUGUAAAUAAAUGUAUAUUUUUCAAAACUAAAAUUUGCUUUGCUAACGAGAUUCCAAGUACCUACUGUGAUUAAAAAUUAUUCACUUUUAAUUAUGUACUACUGCAAUUGUCAUUGAAAUUAUCUAUUGAAUAAUAUGAGCAAUUCUUUGAAACUGCAUGAAGUAAAAUAAUGAAAAUGAAAAAUCUUGAUAUUAGUUCAAAAUUAAGGAAAACAUUACAAUGCAAAUAAUCGGCUUUACAAAAAAAUUAGCAAUUUUACCUGCAUAUUUUUAAGAAAAAAAUUUAAUUUUUAAGAGGUGCAUUUUUGUAUAU